AUGGAAACAAUAAUUGCUUGUGCGAACGAAGAGAUUGCUAGAAAAAUAGACGAAGCAUUGUAUUUCAAAAGCUUACUGACAAAAACCAUUAAGGAAAGAGAUAAAUUCCGAUUCAAAUGCCAAAUACUAGUUUCAAAAAAUCUCAUUCUUCAACAAGAAAUUCAAAAACUCGAAGCCAAUCUUUCUUCUUUUGUAAGAGUUGCUCGCACUAGUUACAUUGAAGAUGACCCUAUUGUACGAGUUGUUUCUUCUUUGGUCUCUAAUGAAAAUGCUACUAAAACCCAAUUAACCGAUCAAAUUCCGUUACUGUCACUCCCACUGCCACCAUCACAAUCAUUAACAGAUGUCAUUGAUAAUGUGGUACUAACAAAAAGGUUACCAGAGAAAGGCAAGUUCUUGCACGCCAUGAUGAAAUCAGGCCCUUUACUUCAAAACCUUCUUCUUGUAGGCUAUCUUCCACAGUGGCGAAACCCACCACCAAAACUCAAUUCAAUCAAGAUCCCACAACUAACCAUUCCAUCAUCAUUUAAGAGAGUGCAUGGCUUUGAUUUUCCUCAACCACCAACACCAAGAAUCAAAAAGAUGUUCACCGAUCACCAUCCAGAAUCUUGUCACUAA